CGGAAGUAGGCUGUGUGAUGAAUGACAACAACAGCUUUCCUGAAAUCCCCGAUCCACACUGAAAAACAUCUUAAUAAUGGGGAUCGUAAAGUUAGCAGAUUUAAUUCGCUCUGACGCGCCAGCUUCUGUGAAGAGUAAAGAGAUCGGCGAUUAUUCAGGGAAGAUUGUUGCACUGGAUACAUCUAUUGUUAUAAAUCAGUUUCGCUCAGCCGUCCCCCAUCUAAAGCUAAGCCCUCUUACAGGCUUAUUCUACCGCACUCUGACUUUCUUGGAACACGAUAUAAAGCCUGUCUUUGUAUUUGAUGGCAGACCUCCUUGUCAAAAGCAAGCCGUGCUGAAUAAAAGAGCUCAAAACAAUGGGUGGAACAGCUCAAACAACCCAAACACAGCAUUUUCAGUGUCCUCCCUUACACAAGAUUGUCUGCGCCUUCUAGAGCUCAUGGGUGUCCCGUACAUCAGGGCUCCAGGUGAAGCAGAAGCACUGUGUGCUUAUCUGGUUAAAAGUGGCACAGUUAAUGCUGUGGCCUCAGAGGACAUGGACACACUGGCAUUUGGAGGGACUGUUCUACUUCGUCAACUCAAUGCAAAGAGAGAUAGUGAAGUCACAGAGUACUCCUUACCAAAGCUUUUGGAAGCUCUACAGCUGACACGUGAAGAGUUUGUUGACCUGUGUAUCUUACUGGGCUGUGACUACUGUAAAAAAAUUGGAGGCCUUGGGCCUAGACGAGCUCUGAAGCUUAUUAAACAGCAUCGUACGAUAGAGGGUGUGAUGAAACACGUCAACCAAAAGACACACCCCAUCCCUCCAAACUGGCAAUAUGAAGCUGCACGUAAAUUGUUUUUUGAAACACCAGAAAUUGACACACCUGAACUGGCUUGGAAGGAGCCUGAUGAAGAGAGAUUGGUGCACUUCUUAUGCAAAGAAAAGCCUUUGAAGGAAGACAAGGUGAGAGGACGUAUUCAGAAGUUCCGUGAGUCUUUGUCAAAGAGAAGAAAACAGAGGGAGAUGGAGGAGAAAAUGGGGCAAACUAGACAGUCUCGCCUUGAAGACUAUUUCCCUGCAACACGGAAGAGAAAGGCCGAGUCUGCAGUUGUGGGAGGAUCCAGCAGUAAAAAAAAACAAUUAAAGAAAACAAUUAAAUAAGACUGUUCCUUUCGGAUCUUGGAUGUAAAAAGCAUUACUACCAACACAAGUAUCACGUCUAUGAAAACUGCUGGCAGAGAUUUAUCGAUAAUGUUUUGUAUACUUAAGUAAAUAUUUGGUAUUAUUUUGUUUAAAUCACAACAUCAUGUGAAACCAGUGCCAAGAGAAGGUAUUUUUAAGCUAUUUUUAAUGUUUGUAUCAUGCAAAAAAAUGCUUUUAUGUUUGGGAACCUGUGUUUAAUUACAGUAAACCUCAAUUGUAUUACUACAACUA